AUGGAGAGAAUACAUCAGUUGUCGUGCGAAUGCUCAAAAUCUGAAAUUGAUUUGUUCAGCAUUCCUCCGACCCAAACGACGGUGGAAAAGGGGAAAUGGGUUGAAUUUUUCCCACUCACAAAUAUUUCCGACACGGCCCCCAUCCAAUUUCACCUACAAGGAUCCACGGAGGAGUACACGGACCUCUCACAAAGUCUAAUCCAUCUCCAAGCAAAAGUCGUCAAUGGAGACGGCACACCGUUGGCCGACGAUGCCCAGGUUGGCCCUACUAACAUGUUCUUACACUCCCUGUUUAGUGAUGUGGACUUGAUGCUGAAUGAUAGACUCAUCACCCCAUCGACAAACACCUAUGCCUACAGGGCAGCCCUGGAAACGCUGCUCACGUACGGGGCUGAAGCCAAAGAAUCUCAGCUCUCGUCCGCUCUAUUUUACAAGGACACGGCCGGUCACAUGGACGAUGGGAACCCCCUACGCAACGAUGAUGGUAACAUGGGUCUGAAAGAAAGGCAUCGUUUCAUCAAAGGGAGCAAUAUUGUGGACAUGGUAGGCGUUCUUCAUCUCGACAUGGUGUUUCAGGAUAGACUGCUCCUGGGAGGCGUGGAUAUCAAACUUAAACUCAAUCGCAGCAAGAAUAGCUUCAGUCUGAUGUCAUCGGUCGAGAACGCCAAUUACAAAGUCCUCAUCACCAGCGCCUCGCUACACGUGAGAAGAGUCAAACUGAGCCCAGAGGCAGCCCUUCUCCAUGCCAAGACGUUGGAAACACAAACGGCCAAGUAUCCCAUCCGGCGAGGCGAGGUCAAAACCUUUUCAAUACCACGAGGGAACCUGUCUUUUACCAGAGAAAGCCUUAUCCUGGGACAACUGCCCAAACGGCUUGUGAUUGGAUGCGUCAGCAACACGGCCUUCAACGGAGACUACUCCAAAAAUCCUUUCAACUUUCAUCAUUACGAUUUGAACUUCUUGGCCCUCUACGCAGACUCGGAGCAAAUUCCAUGGAAACCCAUCCGCCCCAACUUUUCAGCACCUGACCCCAAUUACAUCUUGGCCUACCAGACACUCUUCUCGGGCAUCAACUCCAUGUUUCAUGACAAGGGAAAUCAGAUUACCAGAAACGAUUAUAACAAAGGGUACACGCUCUAUGCGUUUGACAUGACACCCGAUCUUUCCACGGGCGAUUGUUUUAACUUGCGUAAACACGGGAAUGUUCGACUAGAGUUGCAAUUUGCGAGUGCUCUUCCAGAAACUGUGAAUGUGUUGGUCUAUGCAGAAUAUGAAAGCGUGAUCGAAAUUGAUAGAAACCGUAACGUCAUCGUAGAUUUUGGUGGUUGA